AUGGCAGAGUGUCUUGUUGAUUUAGAUGAAGGGGUUCAACCAACCAGCCUAGAUGAGGCACUCCAACCAGCCGGUCAAGGAGAAAUGCUGCAAACAGCCAACCUUGACCUGAACACAGAGGCUGAUGCUCAAGCCUCAGAGGAGGAACUCUUCCCCGAACGUGUGCAUGCAGUGAAAGGAGAUAAGGAAAAUGCCUUUGCGCAAUGGUUGGGCUAUGAGCGGCAACUCAAAGACAUUCAGACGCAAUUAAGAGACUCAAGAGUCGAUGGCAAGAUGCAAAGCCUCAAGCUACUCAACAAGGAGCAGCAAGCAAUCAUCGAUGCUAAAGCUGCUGAAGCAGUCUGCCAUGUGGUACAAGAGGAGCGGCAGAAAAAGAAGGAACUGGCGGCUAUAGAACUUGAAGAAGCCGAAAUAGAAGCCAAACUAGAAGCUGAAGCACUCAAAAUGAAUAACGAGCAAGAAGCUGAAGCAGCCCAACUGGAAGCCAAACGAAAGGCUAUAGCAACUAAGAAGAAGGCCAAAAGAAAGGCCGCCCAAGAAGAGCUUGAAUUUGUUCAAAGCCAACGAGAUAUGGCAGACAAAAUGGCUAGAGCAGAAGGCCUUCAGAAAACACUCCAGCACACCAUUUUCCUGCCCAAUAGGGAACAACUGGAAAAUGAAGAGCGGCAUAGCCGCGUACAGGCCUACGUAGACAAUCAAAGCGUAUUCCAGCGUGAGCAGGACUUAUUCUUCCAAGAUUCAAAAGCUGUAAGAUCCUUUUUAUAUUAUAGUGCAGAGGAUGUACCUCAAUUACCUUGUGCCAAAGCAUUAUAUAACUAUGAGGGAAAAGAGCCCGGAGAUCUUAAAUUCAAUAAAGGUGACAUCAUCAUAUUACGUCGGCAAGUUGAUGAAAAUUGGUAUCAUGGAGAAGUCAAUGGUAUCCAUGGAUUUUUUCCUACCAAUUUUGUCCAGAUAAUUAAACCAUUACCUCAGCCUCAACCUCAGUGCAAAGCACUUUAUGACUUUGAAGUUAAAGAUAAGGAAGCUGACAAGGAUUGUUUACCCUUUUCAAAGGAUGAUAUUCUUACUGUGAUUCGCCGAGUAGAUGAAAAUUGGGCUGAAGGAAUGUUGGCUGACAGAAUUGGAAUAUUUCCUAUUUCAUAUGUUGAGUUUAACUCAACAGCAAAACAACUUAUUGAACUAGACAAACCAUCAGUUUCUACAGUAGAUUCUGGAGAAGGCACCUCUGGUACAUCCCACUGCAAUUCAGUUCAAAAGUAUACUGAUGUGAAGAAGAACACCAAAAAACGCCAUUCUUUUACUUCCCUUACCAUGUCCAAUAAGGCUUCACAGUCUUCUCAGAAUCGUCACUCAAUGGAAAUAAGCCCUCCUGUUCUCAUCAGCUCCAGUAAUCCAACUGCUGCAGCACGGAUAACUGAGCUUUCAGGUCUUUCUUGCAGUGCACCUUCUCAGGUUCACAUUAGUACCACAGGACUAAUUGUAACCCCACCACCCAGCAGUCCAGUAACAACAGGACAUUCAUUUACCUUUCCACCUGAAGUCACUUACCAAGCUGCUUUUGCUGUAAGCAGUAUUAAUCCACCUCUCCCACCACCACCACCACCUGUCUUAUCUGCUACAAUAAUUGCCCCUAAUUCUAUGUGCCUGCCUUUGGGGUCAGUUCAGAAGUCAACAUCUGCAUUGACCGAGCAAAUAUCACAUUUGAGACCACAGACAAGACCAAGUGUGUAUAUUGCUAUUUAUCCAUACACUCCUAGAAAAGAAGAUGAACUGGAAUUGAGAAAAGGUGAAAUGUUUUUGGUGUUUGAGCGUUGUCAGGAUGGCUGGUUUAAAGGAACUUCCAUGCAUACCAGCAAAAUUGGUGUAUUCCCUGGAAAUUAUGUGGCACCAGUUACAAGACCAAUGACAAGUGCCUCCCAAGCAAAAAUACCUGUAUCUACUGCUGGCCAGACAGGGCGAGUAAUGACCAUGGUCAAUGCUUCCACUGCUGGAGGAACAGUGCAAAAACUUCAGGGAAAUGGUGUGUCAGUGACUUCUGAUACAAUACCGACAGCUGUAGUCUCUGCUGCACACAUACAAAAGAGUCCACAAUCCAAGAUCAUCAUGCAUAUGUCCAGUCAAAUGACGAUGAAUCAAGCUCGCAAUGCAGUUAGAACAGUUGCAAUUCAUAGCCAAGAAAGACCAACAGCUACUGUAACACCAAUUCAGACUCAAAAUUCAGCAUGCCUUAUUCCUGCUGCUGUAAUUAUUCCACACCAUUCUGUUACCUCCCAACAGCUACAACCUCAAUUUUCAAAUGCUGCUGCUUAUAUCACAGCUGUAAAUAUCAACCGAGCAAAUGUCCCAUUGGCUUGCACAACUUCUUCAUUAAACUCUCCUAGCACUUUUGUACCAGUAGAUGGAGAUUCAAGUGGGAAAAUUGUAACUAUUCAUACGGGAGCUCCAGCUUCCCCAGAGAAUACAUUGACUGCUGGAGGUACUCCUACUAUGAGUAAAACAGAGAGAGAUGGAAAGAAAGAAAAAAAGGGGUUACUGAAGUUACUUUCAGGAGCAUCUACUAAGCGUAAACUUAGAGCAUCACCACCAUCAUCCCCAACUCUCGAAGUUGAGCUGGCAACUACAGAACUCUCCCUUCAGGGUGCUAUAGGGCCAGAAAUUUCAUCAACUUCUAGUCAGGGAAGAGCAGACCCUUGCCCCAUGGACAGUGAAUCACCUACAAUUGUGCAGGAGAGUACUCACUGCAAAACAAGUUCUUUGGAUUCUAAUAUCCCUAUAGUUCCCCCUCCAAGACAACCAUGCUCAUCAUUGGCUCCAGUGUCAAAUGAAUCCAGAUGUGUAAUCUAUGAACGAUACAGAGUUGUGGUAUCCUAUCCUCCUCAGAGUGAAGCUGAACUUGAACUUAAAGAAGGAGAUAUUGUUUUUGUUCAUAAAAAACAUGAAGAUGGCUGGUUCAAAGGCACAUUGCAGCGAAAUGGAAAAACUGGCCUUUUCCCUGGAAGCUUUGUGGAGAGUAUCUAAGAAAACUAAUUUGAAAUCUUUCAACUCUCAUAGCACUAUAGAACAAAGAGAGAGAUUGCAGCCAUGGAAGGCUAUAGUAUAAACAAAUUUAUAUUUGUUUUUCAGUAUCCUACAGCACAAUUUUGCCAGCAAAGAAGAGUAAAAUAGUUGCUUUUUUAUCAUUUUGAAUUCUUGAGUGUAAUGUGUGCCUUGUAAUGUCUGAUUUAUUCUUCAGAGGAUUUAAGUGUGUGUGUACAUACAAACAUACAUACAUACGUACAUACCAUAAAAGUUCAUUGUUUACAAGGCUGUAACUAAUUUAUUCAUUUUUCUAAACUUGAAUUCUGUUUAAUAACUAAAGUUUGGUGAUUAUGAUUAACAAGUUAUUUAUAAAAUAAGGAGAAGCUGGAUUCUUUUCUUACAAAAAGAUAUAGUGUCUGAUAGAUGCCUUUUUCCAACUGUGACAGUGAAGUACGUUUUUUUAAAUGGUUAAUGUUGGCUAUAACAAUAGUGAUGUGCUAUCAGAUUGAACCAUGCACACUGGGGUAAAAUUGUGGAUUUGUUUUAUUUAGGGUGAGAAACUAUCUGUCAAUAACAAGUCUUAAUGUCACAGAUAGAAACAUUUCUGAUGAAACAUUUCUAAAAGGCAAUGAAACAGCUGUGCAGCAUUGUUAGCAUUUUUCAAGCUGAGAAUAGAAUAUAUAAAAUAUACCAGAAAUGAGGAAUAUCAACUUUGACUAGCAUCUGUUUGUCUAGUAUUUUUGGAUAUGUGUCGAGAUUUCCCUUUGUAGAUUUGGCUAGAUUUUUAAGCACAUAAUAUACAGAAUGUAAAUGUGUUAAGAUAGAUUUAAUGCAAAACAACUGGAAGAAUGGAAAAUAAUUGUAAUAAUUGAUAGGAUCAAAAUUUAAAUUCAGGUUGCUUUUAACUGUCUAAAUAUGCCAAGAAAUGUUGGCUUGUUUACCUUUUCAAACUAAUUUGCAUGGUUGAGAGACAAAUUAUCUUGUUUGAGCAAUAGUGGUGGUAAGUGAUAUACUUGUGUUUUUAAAGUAAAGGCUGUAAGAACACUGACAUUUUUGCAAAUUUUGUAACUGUUGCUAUUUUCAUAUAUCUUAAGUUGUCAGCGUCUUGCAUGCAUUAUCACAUUCAUACAGGUGUACAAAAUAGCACAUAACUGACUAUAAUGUUUAUUAUAUUGUACUGUUACAAUGAACUGGAGGUUCAAUAACCAGUUACCUGCAAGUGUGAAAGCCACUGACCAAAAACUAGUGAGUAAUUGGAUACUACUGUAUAAAGAAUAUUCUCACUGUUCAGCAUAAUUCCAGCCAUGGAUAUUUUAAAGCACAAGAGUUUUGUGGAGCAUAUCCUCUACUUAAUUUCAGGCCUUGAAGAAGAUUCAAACAUUCAAUUUCCCCUCUUUUAUUAUUUUUGCAAUCUUAGUUUGGAAAUAAAUUUUCUAAGGAAGGAAAGCUGCCAUAUAACUUUUUUGUUAUCCUCUGCUGAAUAUCCUGCUCAGAAGCUAUUUCCUCCUAAACAAUGUACAUUGGUAAUGUUCACCAGUCUUCCAGGGCAUCGAGCCUUGGGAUAUUUUCUCACAUAUUCAAGACCUAAAGUAUGGGGGGAGGGGAAUUAUGGUAUUCUGAUGAUUUAAGACUUGUAUUACAUCUGUCUUUUCUGAUAAAAUAUUUAAAAAUUAUAAUCUUUUAAACCCUAGAAUAUGUUGAGGUGAACUAAUAGACAUCUCUUACUCUCCAGUGAUCUGCUAAUAUUUACGGACAUUACUUUGCCUUUCCCUCUUCAAGCUAGUUAGUCCUAAGAAAGAGAAGCAUAUUAGCAAGAUUUUAAAAAAAUCUUCUUGUGAAGUCUUUUGACUCCUUCCCAAACUGAAUUCUGUGCAACAAAAAAUGUCAAAUCUCAUGGAUUUAGUUGCUGGGAAGGGAGUGAGUUUAUAAUAGUUACAUUGGACCUUUUAGCGGACUUGGAACUGUAAUUUAUUCUAUAUAUGAUUCUUCAGGAAAAUACAAUUUGAGAGUAUUGCAUAUUCAAGCUAUUAUUACUAUCAAUAUUGGCACGGGACGCUAUGUACAAGAUUGUCUUCAUACCAUUGCUUGACAGUGACAAUCUUGUUACAUUUAGCUCACCUAAUUUCUGUAUAACAUUUAGAUUACUUUGGCAGAUCUCUUCUUUAAUUAUAUGACAGGAAGAAAUUCUGUAGGCAGUUACCUUGAAAUAGAUACCCUACCCUUGGGAAAGAUUGACCUGUAUAUUUCUGCCUAUUGUGCAAUUGCUCGAGAUUAAGAAUUCAGUUACCAAAAGAGUGGGUAACCUUAAACUCAAUACCUUUUCUUUAAUAACAAGGUAGUGCAAGUUUUAAAAGUCUUUGUUUCCCAACAAGAAUGAAACUUUGUUAAAGGAAAUGCCUGUUGUUUUAAGGUGAAGAAUUCAAGUUAGUUGAAUCAUUAGUUGAAUGAUUUUCUUGUAAAACAUAAAUGAUUUUUUAAAAUUUGUAAAUGGAGAGAAAAUAAUUGGUAGCUGAAGUGGUUUCUUCCAAUAUCAAAUGGUUUCAUUAUUAUUUUAAUAUAUUGAAAACAUUCCUUAAAUGAUACACUGAACAAUUCAAUUCUGUGGAAUUUAAAAAGCUUGGUUUACUUGAAUAUUCAUAUGAUGUACAAACUAUUUGAAAUGAACUUUAAUAAGGAAAUGCUGGCAUCAACUUUCAUCAGCACCUAUUGACACUUAUGUGCCAAUCUUAUUUUCAUGCAUUUGUAGAUUUAUAUGUGAGAGACUACUACAAAGAAUGUUCUCCAUAUGGUAGCAUCCUUGUGUGUGACACAGGUACCUCUAUUCAAGAUUUUAUUAUAUAAUGUCUAUUAGAAAUAUAAAUUAAUAUGGUAGUGUUCUUACAGUAUAAUACAUUUCUAAUAACUUUUUAAGAAAAUGGAUCAUCUUUUAUUUUAAGGGAUUGUUAUAGGCGAUACAACAAUUUUUAAAAAUGCAGUUUUCAUGUCAUGUGACUUUAUAAAGUUUGUGGGACUUGGGUUGGUUUUUAGGGUUGCAUGUAAUUGAGUUUAUGAACAAAAAACCUUUACACUAAUUUUGGAAUACUUUCUUAAAGAAAUUCUGUGGAAAAUUUUAAUGUCUAUAUUUGAGGUCCAGUGAAUGUUACAUGUUUUUAUCUGUUAAAUUUCAUUUCUAAUAAAUAUUUUCUUAGCAAAGCACUUAAA